UGUGCCACUGUCAGCCUCAGCUGACGCGAAGUCUGGUAAGACGUAGAAGUGACGGUCGAUGUCAUGAAUGAUUUUACAAGCUGAAUGAACUAGUGUUGGCCUGGAAACAACGACUUCUUUGUGCGGCAAUGAUAUUUUAAUAGGGAAUGAAAAAGCCCAAGAGAAAGAAACUUAAUAGCGUAGGAGUUGAGGUGUUACCUGUCGAGAGAGAUGUGAACUGUGGGAAAAAGCAGAAGUUGGCUGAGAUACAUCAGGCUUUGAACAGUGUCUUUUUCAGUGAUCCGGUGGAUAUUGAGACCCUCCAGAGGGCUGCCACCAGCAAAGGAGGACUGUUUACAGAUGAACUGCGGAGAAGAGUGUGGCCUAAACUACUUAACAUCAAUGUAUAUGAACUGCCUUAUAAACCUGUACAAUAUUGUAUAACAGGGAGAGCUGGACGGGAGAACCAAAAGGACUACAACCAGAUUGUCAUGGAUGUCAGGAGAUCCAUGAAGCGCUUCCCGAAAUGUAUGCUGUCUACAGAAAGAGAUGUUCUACAAGAACAGCUCAUUGACGUCAUACUAGAGGUUUUAAGAUGCAACCCCCAGCUGAACUACUACCAGGGCUACCACGACGUGGCGGUCACGCUGUUACUGGUUGUUGGUGAGCGGAUGACCAUCGCAAUGCUGCACACCUUAUCCAAAUAUCACCUCAGGGAUUUCAUGGACCCCACAAUGGACAGCACCAAACAUAUUUUAAACUAUUUGAUGCCUUUAUUGGAAGAAGUGGACAAGGAGCUUCAUGACUUCAUGAUCAGAGCGGAGGUGGGGACCAUCUUUGCUUUGUCCUGGCUCAUCACGUGGUAUGGACAUGUCCUGUUGGAGCCCAAACUCACACUGAGACUCUUCGACUUCUUCUUGGCCUCUCACCCCAUGAUGCCCAUCUACCUAGCUGCUACGAUCGUGUUGCACAGGGAGAAGGAGGUGAAGCAGACGGAAUGUGACAUGGCCAUGGUGCACCACCUCCUCUCGCGCAUCCCCCAGGACCUCCCAUAUGAGCGCCUCAUCGGCCAGUCGCAGGAGCUGUUUGUCCGCUUCCCUCCCUCCUUGCUGGCCGAGCGGGCGGAGCUGCGGUCUCGUAAAAGCCAAUCAAUGAGUAACUUCAAGACGUUUCAGCUUGCGACGCUCCACCAGAGACCAGACUCAGUACUCCAGCGCCUAACUACAUCCUCCCAACAAGCAGCUCGUCACUCAGGCUUGGAUGAGGCUUUGCCCCGGGACGGAGGCCAGCGUUGGGGGAAGGGGAGCAGGAUGGUGAAGAUGGCCGUGUUGGGGCUGUCGGCGACGCUGGGAGCGGCAGUGUUCGCGGUGGCUCAGACAGCCUUGGACUGGGGACCCGAUGUGUUGCUGCAGCUCUUCUGAGGCGACGCCGUAUUCGUUUAAAGGAUCUUAAGAGGCUUUUUCUCGUGUGAGGACUAGAAGCAUAUAUAUAUCUUAAGAGGAAAUUACUUUUAUGGAAACAAAGGGGAUUUUAUUUUAAAGGGGAACUGCACUUUUUUUGGAAUUUUGCCUUUUGUUCCCAAUCAAUAUGAAAGACAAGAUGACAUACAGUAUAUAUAUAUAUAUAU